GGACUCCUCAGAUUCAGAAAGUGAUGACCGCAAUGAUCGGUGACCACGAGAAGCUCUUCCCAGGGUUCAAAGACGCAAGGCCUGUUCCCCCUCCCUCCGAAAGCAGUUCCACCAAGGCUCCAGUGCUUCGGAGCUCUGUCGGUUGGGACGCUGUCCAGCGGCCAUCCAUAGCCUGGAGGGACAACAGGAGCCUACAUGGAUAGGACAGACAUGUUCAGUAGCAACUUUUGGUCUUCGUCCUCAUCUUCAUCCAUGGUCCAGCCCAUCCCUAAUUCUCUCCCAGGAGGUCACAAAAGAACUUUGUCUCAGGGAAUUUCUAAACUCUUCAGCUUCACACAACCCUCAGACUCUGGCAGUCUCCGCAGUGUGGAGCCGGGGGACACAAGCGAGGCCGACCACAGUUCUUCAGGCCAACCGGGGGAUGAUUUCGGAACGUGUUUACAGACGAAUGACUCUCCCAGGUCUAAAGAAAAUGGCGCCACAAUUCUGGAGCUCCCGUUGGAGGAGGAGGAUGUAUAUUCAGAAGACCCUGAACUUCUCAGGAAGAUGAUUGCGGAGCUGAAGGAGGAGAUGGCAGCACAGAAAAAUAGCUACGAGGAGCAAAUGAAAAGCCUCGAGAAGGAGAACUUUGACGUCUGGACCAAAGUGGUGAGGCUUAAUAAAGAGAUUGAAGAAGAAAAAACUAAAUCUACAAAGCUGGAAUCUGAGCUCCGGAACCUUAAACGUUCCAGGAAGGUCAACGAGGAGAACCAACACAAUGAAGACUUGUUGAAGUCUACAGGCCAGGUGCCCACAAGAACUGAGAAGAGGACAGAGUGGGCAGACCAGCUGUGAUUCCUCUUUCUCAAAGGACUGUUGUACUUAACACUUGUAUAGAUUCAAAACAGAACCCCUGGUGGGUUCACCAAGACUGGAUUCCAUUCCCUCAAGAGCAGGGAUCUCCAACCUUGUCAACUUUAAAACUUCUGGGAGUUGAAGUCCACC